CAACAUUUUGCCGGAGAAUAGGAAAGGAGUAGGCUCGGUCUGCGUGCAGAGGCAGAAUUGCACCGUACUACGUCUGGGAAUAUUCGUGCACGUUGGAGAACGCGCCUCACAGCUCCUCUGCUUUGAAUAGUGGUGGAGCCUCGCUUAACAAAUCCAACGAGUUUCAAUUCAACAGUAGACUAACCGAAUGCUAUUCAUGGAUAAUCUUCUCCGGCAAGGACGAGCUACUGAAUAACCACAGCCUGAGUCAACAAGGUAUCAAGUGUGUGAUGCCCCCUACUAGCGGGUCCCCUCCCAGAGUGUGAUGCCCCCUACAAGCGGGUCCCCUCCCAGUGUGUGAUGCAUCAUGGCUCCAGUGCUGAGUGGCUUGUGGGAACUGGGGGCCGUGGGGUCAGGGGACGCCACGGCGACGUCCUUAGGCAAUGUGCAGCUGGUCCUAGUGGGCACCCUGAUGACCAUCUCUGUCUUCUUGCUGCUCUCAAUGCUACUGCUGCUGUGUGCAGGCUGCCAUGGGCCAAAGAAAUCAAAUUGCCGCCCAGUGGCCCACGAGAACCUCAUGAAUGGAGUGUCUGAGAGAGAGACAUUUACCGGUAGUCAGUCUGUGGACAGCCCAGGGACUGACCUAUUGGUGAGCAGCUCACACAACGGCCCACUAACCAGUGGUACAGUGUUGACAGACACCCAGGACAUUAGUCCCCAGCCCUCUGAGGAGAUGCUGUCCAGUCAGUCCGAGUUGCGGAGCUCCAAGUGUCCCCAGGACCGCGAGCUGCCCAGCAUCCCACCCAACAGCACCCUGGAGGGGAUGGGAUGUUCCAGCGGACCCCUUCUCCCUCCCUCUGGAGACGGCACCUACGAGGUGGUGAAGGAGAGAGGUGGCGACUUAACGGCGUCCCGGGAUGUGAGCGUUGAAGACUCCCUGUACGAGACGGUCAAAGAGCUGAAGGACCAUCCAGGGAGCCUGGCUGCAGGUCUCCUCAAUGGAGACGGUACUAUGUCCCCCCUCAGCCCUGAUGACAAUGAAAUUUCCCACCACCACAACCACCUCCCACCUCCCAACAACCCUCCAGCCCUCCACAACGGCCACCUCAGCCCUGGCUCCCCAGAGCGGGGGCCCCUGUGCGCAGGAGUGGAGUACGCCUCGGUGGAUCUGAACAAGAAGAGCCGUUACAGUGCAGACCUGGAGGCCAGGCGCUCAGCCACCAUCACUGCUGCUGUGAGCCCCAUAGAGGAGCCCGAGGAGGAGGACAAACCCCCGCCUGUACCUGACAAGGUGCUGGAUGAGAACGACAACCAGCCAACCAUGAUGGACGCAGGAGCGGUGGUGGUACUGGGGGCCGCGCUGCAGAACGGAGAGUUAGACUUUCUGCUGUCUACCUCACCGGGGCGAGACAACCCUGUGGUGUCAGAGAGCGAGCUGUCAGACAUGUACUCCACGGUGGGGAAGCCAGGUCUAGAUGUGGAGGAGAAGGAGAGUGACUACAGCAGCAUUGCUGAUAUCAAGGGUCUGGUCCCCGAUUAUUCCUCCAGUGAUCUCUACGCUACCGUCAGGGACAUCUACCCCCAGCCCAGAGAGGGGGAGUCAGACCCCCAGGGACCCCCCACAGAGAGCAUCGAGCCUGGCUACGAGAUCAUCCACAUCCCUAAGACUGCCAGUGGAGAGGACUUGGGGCUGGGGAACCAGGUUCAGGAGCCAGACUAUGAGAGUGUAGGUGAGCUGGCCCUGGGGUUGAACAGGGAGAGCUCCCGUCUCUGACUGCCUAUGGACCCUAAAGCCUGAGUCUCUGGGGCCUCACCCUCCACCCCAGCCAUUAACCUCACUCCUAGCCUCACCCUCAACCCUAGCCAUUAAUCUCACUCCUAGCCUCACCCUCAACCCCAGCCAUUAACCUCACUUCUAGCCUCACCCUCAAUCCCAGCCAUUAUC